AUGGGGAGCAGAGGUGACAUGGGGAAUGUGGACAGUAUGGGGGGAGGGAUAUUUAGGGGGAAUGGCAGCAGGGCAGGCGCGCGGAGGAAUGGAUGGGGGGAGGGGGAAACUGGGGCUAUGUUAGCUGCGGAAAGAGAGGGAUGGGGGGAGAUUGGAACGGGGGUAAGGGGAGCAGCAGAAGAAGGGCGGAAGAUGGGGGCAGUAGGGGUGAAAGGGGCGGAAAGGGGAGAAAGGGGUGAAGGGGCGGAGGGGGCGGAUGGGGCGGAAGGGGAGGAGGGGUAUAAGGGGGUAUUUUGGGUGAGUGGCAGCGGGUAUAAGGGCACGGGGAGGGACCGACGGCGCGAUGUGAGUGGCGCUCUGGGUAGCAGUGCGGAUGGUGAGAGGUGGAGGGGAGAGGAGGAUGAGGGGGAGGAGGAGGAAGAAGAAUUUGAGGAAGAAGAAUUUGAGGAUGAGGAAGAGGAUGAGGAGGAGGAGGAAGAGGAGGAAGAGGAGGAAGAGGAGGAAGAGGAAGGAGAAUAUGAGGAGGAUGAAGAGGAAGGGGGGAAGGAGGAGGGAGAGGAGAGAGGAUGGAAAAGGAAAGGGACUGGGAUGAAGAUCGACGGGGUUCAGGGUUUUAAGCGCCAGGAGUUUUCCCAGGGUCUUUCUGCCGAGGAGAAGCAGCAGAUCUGGAGAGAAUCAAAUCUCAAUCCAGAUCUUCCCCAAGAUGCUGACAGGCCGCCCUGGCAAACCCUCCUAGAGAGACCAGCAGUGCCUAGCGUGGGUGAAAACGCGGCGAAAUGGCAAAGGAAGAUGGUGGAGAAACGAGCAAGAAGAGACGCUGAGAGCAACAGAGACUGGGAGCGGGGCAGGGAGUGGGAGAGGGAGAGGGAAGCGGAGCGGGGUUUAAGCGGGGGUUUAGGGGAGAGGGACCAGGAGUGUGCUGCUGACAUGGCAAAGUUGAAGGUGGCGUGGCUGAUUGAUGAGCUGGCGGUGCUGCGGCCUGCGGCGAUCGUGAAGCUGCUGAACGCGCAGCGGGCGUGGAUAGGCAUGGAGCAUGUGGAGGGGAUUGUGAGAGGGUUGCUUGAGCGAGGAGAGACUCUGAGGGCUAUUAGGGCUCUCAAGUGGGCCCGCCAAGCCGCCUUCUAUGCACCAAUCCCCUCGCUCUAUGCCGACCUGCUCGACGCAGCAACGGCCAAUCAGCACGUGCCACGCGCGCAGGAGCUUUUUGAUAUGAUGCUGGCGCAUGGGUUGGUGCCGCCUAGGAGGAACUAUGAGGGGCUGAUAAGAAUGUUCUUAAGAGAAAGCCGCCGGUUGCAGGAGGGGAAGGCCCCGAGUGGGGAAGGGGAGGAGGAAGACGGAACCGGAGGGGUAUUUGAGGGUCGAGAGGGGAGCAGAGCGGUGGAGAGUGGUGGAGAGGCUGGGAAAGGGCCCGGGGGGUUCAAGGGGUUUAAGGAGAUGAAACAGGCUGAGAAGGCAGCGGCAGAGGUGGAGAGGGGUUGGGAGGUGUACCGACAGAUGAAGCAGUUUGCUGAGCUGACCCCCAGCAGAGCCAUACAGGAGGAGCUGUGGGGUGUGCUCACCCUUGGGGGUGGUUCUGGGCGACACUUGGUGAAGGCUGAAGAGCUGCUGAGAGACAUGGAGGGAGGUUUGUCGGUCAGGUUCGGGCCGAACCAGGAGACGUACAACCUGGUGAUUGCUGCUGCUGGCGCUGCUGCUGAUGUUGACACCGUUCGAUCUGUCUACACCGAUCUUAGGGGCGGCGUUCCUCUUGCUGCCCGUGCUUCUGCUGCUGCUUUCGAGGUAGGGGACACAGAGCAAGAGGGAGAAGAAGAGGGAGUAGAAGGAGAAGAGAGAGAAGCAAGGGGGGCAAUGGUGCGGAGCAUGCCUGCAAAGCUUAAAGCCCGGCUACUCGGCCCCGCGAGGCAAGCCGCCCUGCAAGGGGUCGGCAGGCGCCAUCUGCUAGCGGACGAGUCGGCAGGGCUGAAGCUGUCGCAGGAGCAGCGCCAGAUCUUAUCCGGGCUGAUCCUCGCUGGCGCUGACGUGGCGAGCGAUGACGGGGCCGCGACGGCGGCAGUGCGGUUUUCAGUGGUGGCUGGAGAGGAGAGGAGGGAGAGGGUGAUAGAGCACCUGUAUGAGGUGUUUAAGGAGUGGGCUGCUGGACCAAUCGUGGAGGAGUACCGCCCUGAGAAGCAGGGCGGACGGGCCGUGGUGCCCCGCCUCGUGCACAAGUGGCUCACUCCUCGUGCCCUCGCCUACUGGUACAUGUAUGCCGGUCAACGCGGUCAACCCAGUCAACGGGGGAAAAGCGGUCAGCCCGGAGGGUCUGUUAUUCUGGAUGCAGGGAUGUAUCAGGCGAAGGAGGUGGAGCUUAUAGUGAAGGCGCUUAAAGCGAGGACGAUCGACUGUGCCCAGAGGGUGGUGGUGGGUGAGGAGAAGUUUGUGGGCGGUGCAAAGGGCGUGGCGAAUGAGGGGGCUCGGGAGAGUGAGGAGGACCGGCGGGAGGGCUGGGUGAGCCUGACUCGAGCAGUGAAGGAGGCGAAACAUGGAGGUUACGACAAUAGUCGAUAA